AUGGAGAGAGGGAGGCUGGGAGGGGGAGAUGAAAAGAGGGAGGCUGAGAUGGGGAGAGAGAAGGGGGAGAGGGGAGGAGAGAGCGUUAAAAAGUGAAGGGCAGACUACAAAACCACUUGGAAAUUUUGAAGUAAAUCAAACGGCGUUACACUGUCAUUUUGAAAGAGUCAUUAUGAUGUUGAUACUGUGGUCCAUCACUAGAGCAAGGAGAGAGAGAGAGGGAUGAGUGGGGAGGAGAUGGAGGAAGACACUUUAUAAUUGACUCUUUAUAAUUGAUAUGAUUAUGAUCUAUUAUGAUUAUACUGUAUUAAUGUGGUACGUAUUUAUAGGUCUAAAUGAGUGCAGGUUCUAUUACUCUGUUCAUCCUACUCAGAGCAGCUGUUUCUCUAUCCAGGUCUUCUGUACAGGCUGCUUAGCCUGGUCUGUCUACUGCUAGAAGAAAUGCUCCCCAUAACACCCCCCACCCCAUGGCCUUCCACCCCUGUCCCUCAGAGCUCAUAGUUGGGCAUCGGAUGGUGGGGGUGGGGUCAGUGUGUGUGUGUAGGGGAGGGCAGGGGGGGGCAGGUCAUUUUUGGCGGGGUCCCAGAGCACGUCUCCCUGGCCGCUUAUUUACUGAUAGUAUCCUAGAGCUGGAAUCUGGGUAAACACUGAACCUAGAUAACAAGGAGAGGCAAUCUUCCUCCAUCCUAUCCCCCACUGCCUUCCACCCUCCACACUGCACCCAACCUCCUCUGCACCCCCCCCCCCCCCCCCCCCCCCCCCCCCUCCACUCUACUACCCCGUUCCUCGUAACCAGCCCAGCUCUCCCUCCCUCCUCAACCCUAAUGUGUGCUAUAGAACUUGAGUGUCCCUUUCCUGCCACAGCGAAGCUGGACCUCAGCCUGGCCCUGUCCUAGCCUGGUGCUCCUCUCCUCCCAUUCUGGAGUGCUGAUUGGACAGACAGGCAGACAGACAUGACCCUGUGACCUCUAGAUGAAACCCUGUGUGGAGGGAGGCCAUGGGUCUGGUGGCGUGAUGUCACAGGCAACACCUGGCAAUAUCUGGGAGAGCUAAACUCCUCCUGUGACCCCUGCACAUCUGGAGCUAGGGCUCUGACGGAGUGAAAUAACACAUAAAUAACACACACACACACAUUCUGAAACACACACACAUACUGUAUACAGACACACACACACACAGGCAUGUACACUCACACUCACACAUACUGACACUGUAUCCAGUGUGUCCUUCCGCCUCAUGAGUUGUGAGCUUGGCUGUUGUAUUUUAUGGAUCAGAUGAGGCUUGUGUUUUAUACCGCAGUCUGGGGGAGAAAAACGAUCACCUGCUCUUUCUUUCUGAGGGGCACUUUUACUACCCACUGGACCCCGCUGACACUGCAGGAGCAUACAUCCCCUGCUUUCUCUGGGGCCCACAGAUAGUGGUCCUCUCUGACCAAGCAGCUUCUCUAUAGGCAGCACAGUAGAGACAUCCUGACAUUCUUGACUCUCAAAUUUGCAGAAUUGGGAUGAAAAGUAUGCUUUUAGAUUUAAAUAAUGCAGCCGCUGCUUUUUUUGUUUCAUCUGUCAGGAUGAACUAUAACAAGGACUGCAUGCUGUGUCCAGCAAUGGCAGAGGAAGGCUCAGGGACUGUUCUUAACCACUGCCAAAAUGUGGUGGCUUUUUGUGCGCUUUUCAGCAGCCGUGGCAUCACUACAGUACAUGUUCGGCAAUGGAGGAACAGUACCUAAGGAGGAGCGACAUUUGGAGGAACUGACCAUCAGAAAAUCAGUGCACUGAUGAAGAGCUCCAGGAAUGUUUGUCAGACUGUACCAUCAAUGCCCCUUCCGCUGAAGUUACACUGCAUUUCCAAUCCAAACUACCUCAACUCCAGGACUUUCCAUCAUCCGAAGCCAACUAUAGAGAUUCAAUCUCCAUCUUCAUCAUCUCAAUUUAAAUGUAUUGUUUGUUUGCUUUUUAUGCGCUUUGAGAUUGUUUUCUGUAAUGAAAAGCGCUAUACAAGUUAAAUAAAUUAUUAUUAUUAUUAAUAGAGGAAUUUGAGACCAUGGCCCGUAUCCACAAAGCCUCUCAGAGUAGAAGUACUGAUCUAAGAUCAAUUUUGCAUUUUAGAUCUAAAUGAAUACCAGAUCAGUACUCCUACUCUGAGAAGCUUUGGGGUUGUUCCAUUUGAUUUCAAUCACUUUUGACCGCACCCCUUUUGAUUUGAACAAAACUUCACAUACAUGUUUGCCCAUGUUAGAAGUGGUCAGAAAGUGACUUUUUUGAUAUAGAGGUGCCCAAAAGUACACCCAUUUUGCAUACCCCGCCCAACCAUGAGACAUCCAUGUCUUCAUCACUGGAAAAGAUAAACGGUUGAGUUUGAAAUAAUUUAAAAGCUUUAAAAAAGGGUUGUCAAACUAUUUUAUCAUUUCUUGAAGAAAAAAAUUAUGAUUUUUUUUGUUUGUUUAUCCUUUAACGGCAAUUAUCUAAAAACAUUUUAAAAACAUAAUUUUUGCAUAUGUUUUAGCUUAGACCCUAUUCUACAUCAUCUGAGGAGUUUGUGUUGUGCCUGCCAUCGUUUGAAUAAAAUAGAAAUGUGUACUUUCAAAUGGUGCUACAAAGAUGGUUGGAGGUCCACCCAUCAGAGAAUGUUGACUUGAAUGGGAAUAUCAGUUUUAAACACCCACCCUUUAUUAAAGAGCAUGCUCUGUCUCAACUGAUGGCGGGUACAACACAUACAUCUCAGAUGGUGUAAAUUAGGGUUUAAGCUACAACAUAUGUGAAAAUGAAAAAAAUCUGAGUUUACACGUUUUUAGAUAAUUUAUGUUAAGGUUUUAAAAAAGGACACCAUUUUUAUUAAUUUUAAAAAAAUUGUUUGACAACCCUGUUUGAAAGCUUUUAAUUCAUAUCAAACUCAACCGUUAAUCUUUUCCAGUGAUGAAGACAUGGAUGUCUCAUGGUAUGGUUGGGUAUGCAAAAAUGGGUGAACUUUGGGAACCUCUAUCUCCUGAAUGUUUUGGCAUUCAGGUCCAAAAAGUUACAUUCUGACCACUUCUACCAUGGGCAUGUAUGGAAAGUUUCGUUCAAAUCAAAUGGGAUGUGGUCAAAAAGUGAUUGAAAUCAAGUGGAACAACCCUUUGUGAAAACGGGCCCUAGUGUAGGGAGCCGAUAUGUGACCAGGGACAAGAGGAAUAACAUGUCUUGCUCCAAACAAAAUAGGAACAGACUGACAACCAGGCUACUACACAACCAUAGAGUUAAAGAGAUAGUUCACCCAAAUCAAAAUAGAUAUCCCUGGCUGUACUGUACUAAAUAUAUGGUUCUGUAACUAAUAAUACUGGCUCUGUGUGAGGAAGGUCAUACUUUAUGACACCGCUGAACUUUCAUCUAACCCUGAGUGGGAGGGAUGACGUUACUCGGGCGAGCUCGCCCCCCUCCCUCCCCCUCUGUACCAUUUAAAGGUCAAAUGAGGAGGCGAACCAUCUUCCAAAGAACUGCUAAUUUUGCCUUUUUUGGGAACCUUGUUGUUCUUAUUCGUGCAUUCUUCUCGUCUAUGUAUAGCGUUUCCCUUGUCCCGCUACAAGGUCACCUGAUCCAGUCCCAACCACCACUCCUACUCAAAGAACUCUUCAACCUGUGCCUCUCUCUCUCUCUCUCUCUCUCUCUCUCUCUCUCUCUUGCUCUUUCUCACACACACACACACACACACACACACACACACACACACACACACACACACACACACACACUGUUUUCUCUCAUCCCAAUCCCCCCCACUUCGGUGCUACGUUCUUCUACCCUCCUCCCAACCCUGUUCUACUGUAAACUGUUUACACACAAUGCGAGUGGUUGUCGUGACAACGGGCCAGGCUCGGGGCGAGUUGCAGGUGUUCCUGUUUGGGUUUGAGGAAGCCCUCAAGGUUCUUUUUUUAAAGAACAUUCCGCUAGUUUGGGUUCUGGGUUCUUAUUUAUUUAUUUCAGAUGGCCUGUCAACCAGACAGGUUUAUAUCAACACAGAGGACCAGCUUCCUGUUAUUACAGACCCCCCCCCCCCCCCCCCCGCCGCCUUCCUCCAGCCCCUCCACACACACACUACUCAAAUAUAUACUAUAAGGACAUCACACACAACUCCAUAAAUUGAGACAUGGGCACUCACAUUGUACACAGGCUGUGCAAACGCGAGCACUCGGACACACACACACACACACACACAAACACAAACACGCAUUCUACAGAGAGAAGAAAUACGCAUUACGUUACACACAGCUACACACACAGACAUACACAUACCAGUUAACACAAACACACAGAGAUGCAAACGUUCCUCUUCUCAUCCCUGGUUGUCUGUUAAGGGCAGUUAUGUUUACGGUUUAUGCGCUUGUCGUUCCCACUACAGAUAAACAGAUGGGGAGAUUGCGUUGAUAGCUGGACUGACUGACUGAUGAAUGUUGUCUGUGGGAACAAACAUCAUGGGCACCAUGGAAAUGGAGGGUGACGAAGCUUACAUAGUCCUGAGCCCGUCUCUACAUAGCAUCUGAGAGAAGGAGAGCUGAUCUAACAUCCGUUUGGACUUUUACAUGGACUAGAUUAUAUGGACUGAUACUAGAUCAGAACUCCUACUCUAAGACGCUUUGUGGAUAUGGGCUCUGGUCUGCCAAAGACCACACUGUGUAUCUGGAGAUGAGUGAGAAAAAUAAAAGAACGCACACCCAAAUGUACAAAAUAUAUCUUAUGUAAUUUAAAUGUAUUUUACCUUUUCGUCUCACAAUUGUUGUCGUUAUUAUUAUCAUAGAUAUUUAAUAUAUGCCAUUAAGCAGAUGCUUUUAUCCAAAGCAAAUUAUAGUAAUGUGUGCAUACAUUUUACGUACUGGUGGUCCCGGGAAUCGAACCCACAAACCUGGCUUUGCAAGCGUCAUGCUCUACCAACUGAGCUACGGAGGACCUGUAUUAUCUUUGAUUAUCAUUGCCACUGAUAUAGCCAGCGCUUCCUAUAUAGUUGUGCUGUUGACUACUUUGUGGUUGGUUUUGUAGGUCGCGUGGAGGAUAAUGAAACAAUUACCCCUAAAGAUGAGAACGGAACAGAGGACCAAGGGAAAAAAGGUUUACGGAUGAGAGGAGGUGAGUCAGACUGACUCUGAAAAUACUCUUAGACACACCACUGUUCAUAUUGCUACUCACUGUGUGCUCAGCUUGCCAAGGAAGCCAGACUCAGUCUGGCCUCAAUGGUGGUAUUGGCACCUGUGUUAAAAAAUAUACAGCCAAUGUAUCAAUGGUUCAUCACCCACUCUCCUCUGGCACUGCUUCACACAUGCAGUUUGUUCAGCUUGGAGUCUGAAAAUACCUCAAACAUAAAUAGUUGAAAGCUGACAUUAGUUUAGAGCUGUAUGUAUAUACAGUAGACACAGGAAGGUGAAGUACCACACCCCUGUCACCCCAGACACAGUCAUGGUUUGGUGUCGUCGUUAAGGCAACACGGAACUGUGUAUAACCUUGAAUGAAGCAGCUAUCUGUUAUUUCAAUGUUCGGUGAGAUCACCAAUAAAAACAGGUAUUUUGCUGACGAUUGCUGACGAGUGGACAGGUUUUGGAUAAGUCGAUCAAACCAAAGCUUUACUCCUCUCAGAGAUCACUAUCCUUUGCAGACAUACAUUUUUGUGUGUGUUUGUGUGUGUGUGUGUGUGUGUGUGUGUGUGUGUGUGUGUGUGUGUGUGUGUGUGUGUGUGUGUGUGUGUGUGUGUGUGUGUGUGUGUGUGUGUGUUUUGCAUAGACAGUCUGACCAGAUGGAUGAUAAAAAGGCUUGGCCUGCUCUAGACAGCAUGGAUGUUGCUAGUGGGGAAGUCCCCUGUGGUGGAAUUAGUGCGCUCUGACUCUGCCACGCUUCUGAGAGGUCAUGGAGAUCAAAGAGAUUGUGUCUACACUUGACACUUGCAUGCGACUUCUACUAUCAGUAUACGAAGAUCGCAUUGAAAAGACGGGUCUAGAUGCACAAAAGUCGCAUUGUGGUCUGAUUGUGUUCAGAUCUGGCUGACCACUUCAGGAGGUAUUCAGGGAUGCAUUGCAUGUGGAUUUCUCCUCAGUCUGGAUGCAAUCAGGCUACCGAAAGCGCUUAUAGUGGGCGACGUCAUCAGCACUCCUCCCAUGAGUCUCCAGAAAACAUGUGUUUUGAGAUAGAGAGCCACCUUUUCGUUAUAAUGUUGGAGGAAAUACGUUCCUAGCGUGUGAUUGCUGGCCUCGUAAAUGCUAGCCAGCUAGCUAAUAUUUAGAAGAAAAACAUUUUUGUUUGGCUAGAGACAUGCUAACCCGUUUGCAAUCUCUUUAGCGUUGCUUGCUAGCUUGCUGGCUAGCUACAGAGGUUAACUGGCUUGUUAGCUACAGUAGUUAGCUACUGCCAUCAGUUGUUGCUGUGUUAUUAUCAUAUUUAGCCUAUUCCACCGUUACUGCCAUUUGAAUAUAGUGUGGGAAAAGGGAAUCCGGACACACUGUGGACACGGUAGACACAUUUAAAUGUAGGUGUAGAUGCAUGACGUGUUCAGAAUUCCAUUAUCAGAACUCUAUGAUCAGAAUACUAAAGCUGCAUGAACUGUCAAGUCUAGACACGGCCUCUGAGACCCCAGGCUGGCCCUGAGAGAAAGAGAGAGAGAGAGAGAGAGAGAGAGAGAGUUUGAUAUGUGCACUGUAUAUCUCUCACAUCCGCUCCUCUAACCUCCAUACACACGCUCAUUUAUAAAAUCAUUGUCUUGAUAACAAGGACGAACACUCCCCCACACGCAUACACACACAAUCUUCAACGCACACCUUGGUCCACGUUUGCCCGCUCAACGACCUUGUCUUCAGCAUUUGCAUGAUCAUUGGAAUGUGUUUCUGGGGGAGGGAGGGGCCGGAUGUCAGACAGUCAGUGUGUGUGCGCGUGUGUGUGGCUGUGUGUUAGUGAGAACAUAAAAGUGAGUUUCGUCAUGUAACCUGAAAGGAAAGGAAAGGAAAGUGUUGGUACAGCAGGUUUUGUCAUGCAUUUGCAGGAAAGGUUUCAGUUAAUAGGACACAGAGAGGAAACCUGUUGGCGGUGGAGGGGGAGUCUGAAUGAACGAGGGGGACGGAGGUCAGUGGGGUGACCCUCUCCUGCCAACAUCUCCCUCUGCCUCUCCCUUACUCUGUCUCGAAAACAGUGAGCUCAGGAGAAUGGAAUCUUAUCUCUGCAAAAAUGCACUUUGGAAUGGAAUGCAAAACGUCAGCUCCUUGUGUGCGUGUGUGCGUGCAUUUGUCUGACCAUGCGGGCGUGUGUUUGUCUAACCAUGUGUGUGCACGAGAGUCUGUGCGUGUGUGUUUGUUUUGUGGUCCAUGAGUUAACCCAAUUAUUUCACGUGAACUGUUAGUGAAAGUCUUCCUUUGUGUUCCUCCUCGUCCCUCACACUGCAGUCCACUCUCUGACAUCAAGAUCAAAUUGUCCUUCCCAGAACGCAACACUCACAAAUCAUCCACUUUUUUUGCAGUGUCAUUCCUUCAGAGUCCAAACCCAGUAUCAUUUGUUCUCAACCUUCUAAUGGCAACUGCGUGCACUUCCAAUUAUCUUUCCUUCAAAUGAUUAAAGAUGAAUACUUUAAUUUGAUCUUCAAUGUAUUUUUGAAUACCGUAUUAAGGUGGUGGUGCUGCCAAUCAAAUUUCCCCAGAUACAGACGUAGGAUCUUAAUUUGAGACAGUUUGCUACAGCAGGAAAAUUAUCCUGCAGCAACAGGAAAUGUGAAUUAUUAUGUGUAUUAUAAGUAAUGGACAUUUUUUGUAGGGGUUGACAUUUUUUGUUAGGGAAAAUCAAGUCUGACAUUUUUAAGUGAAAAUUACAAACUUUAGAAGCCUUUUUAAACCUCGAAUACACUACACGUUUGCAUUUCCUGCUGUGCAGGAAAAUUAUCAGCAACAAAAGAGUGAUCAAAUUAAGAUCCUACAUCUGUAAGUAAACGUUUCCUAUUUUCAAUGGAAUUUUUUCAGGCAAUAUUGCUACAAAAUGUACCAGUGCACAAUAGGCUUUAGAGCACACCAUCAGCUAUCUUAUAUACAGUUGAAGUCGGAAGUUUACAUACACUUAGGUUGGAGUCAUUAAAACUCGUUUUUCAACCACUCCACAAAUUUCUUGUUAACAAACUAUACUUUUGGCAAGUCGGUUAGGGUCAGAUUAUUUCACUUAUAAUUCACUGUAUCACAAUUGCAGUUGGUCAGAAGUUUACAUACACUAAGAUGUCAUGGCUUUAGAAGCUUGUGAUAGGCUAAUUGACAUAAUUUGAGUCAAUUGGAGGUGUACUUGUGGAUGUAUUUCAAGGUCUACCUUCAAACUCAGUGCCUCUUUGCUUGACAUCAUGGGAAAAUCCAAAGAAAUCACCCAAGACCUCAGAACAUUUUUUGUAGACCUCCACAAGUCUGGUUCAUCCUUGGGAGCAAUUUCCAAACACCUGAAGGUACCACGUUCAUCUGUACAAACAAUAGUACACAAGUAUAAACACCAUGGGACCAUGCAGCCGUCAUACCGCUCAGGGAGGAGACGCGUUCUGUGCGAAAAGUGCAAAUCAAUCCCAGAACAACAGCAAAAGACCUUGUGAAGAUGCUGGAGGAAACAGGUACAAAAGUAUCAAUAUCCACAGUAAAACGAGUCCUAUAUUGACAUAACCUGAAAGGCCGCUCCGCAAGGAAGAAGCCACUGCUCCAAAACCACCAUAAAAAAGCCAGACUACGGUUUGCAACUGCACAUGGGGACAAAGAUAGUACUUUUUGGAGAAAUGUCCUCUGGUCUGAUAAAACAAAAAUAUAACUGUUUGACCAUAAUGACCAUCGUUAUGUUUGGAGGAAAAAAGGGAGAGCUUACAAGCCGAAGAACACCAUCCCAACCGUGAAGCACAGGGGUGGCAGCAUCAUGCUGUGGGGGUGCUUUGCUGCAAGAGGGACUGGUGCACUUCACAAAAUAGAUGGCAUCAUGAGGAUGGAAAAUUAUGUGGAUAUAUUGAAGCAACAUCUCAAGACAUCAGUCAGGAAGUUAAAGCUUGGUCGCAAAUGGGUCUUCCAAAUGGACAAUGACCCCAAUCAUACUUCCAAAGUUGUGGCAAAAUGGCUUAAGGACAACAAAGUCAAGGUAUUGGAGUGGCCAUCACAAAGCCCUGACCUCAAUCGUAUAGAAAAUGUGUGGGCAGAACUGAAAAAGUGUGUGCAAGCAAGGAGUCCUACAAACCUGACUCAGUUACACCAGCUCUGUCAGGAGGAAUGGGCCAAAAUUCACCCAACUUAUUGUGGGAAGCUUGUGGAAGGCUACCCGAAACAUUUGACCCAAGUUAAACAAUUUAAAGGCAAUGCUACCAAAUACUAACUGAGUAUCUGACCCACUGGAAAUGUGAUGAAAGAAAUAAAAGCUGAAAUAAAUCAUUCUCUCUACUAUUAUUCUGACAUUUCACAUUCUUAAAAUAAAGUGGUGAUCCUAACUGACCUAAAACAGGGAAUUUUUACUAGGAUUAAAUGUCAGGAAUUGUGAAAAACAGAGUUUAAAUGUAUUUGGCUAAGGUGUAUGUAAACCUCCGACUUCAACUGUAUAUGGACAAGCAAUGACAGAGCGGCAUGGACUAAGAAAAACUUCCGUCCGACUUCAACUGUGUAUACAGAGUGAAGUUAAAGAACGUGUGUCAUGCACCGUGUGUGCCGUUCUAACCCAGUUUAAUGAGGAGAUUACCUGAACAAACAGAUGUUUAGUUGGGAACAGAUAAGGAGUGCAGUUUGGACCACUUGUUUGGAACUUUAUCGCAGACAUAAAGUGGCUCGUAAAUUCUCCCAUUAUCGCCUGAGAAGCAUUUAUGUUCAAGCUGUUUGUGUUAUUGCUGAGGCCAAGGAUCACAUACGACCCAAGAUACGCCAUUGUCAAUACAGCUUUACUGAUCUUCUCUUCUCCCCACCUCACUUCCUGCCUUUAUGCCUAGACUAUGCUAUUUUCAGUCCCACCUGAUUCUACAAUCCAUCAUCUUUAAUUCAGCAAUUAAUUGAGCAGUAACGUGGAUGCGAUGUCUCUUGAUGGUUGUCAGCCAUGUUGAAGUUCAAUUCAUCAAACCACAACAGAAUUAGGCCCUUGUGUGUAUGGUCUGUUUCUUUGUUGACUUUUCCAAUUUCAGACACACACAAAGCGGCAACAUUGUUCAUCCAAUACAGUAUUUGUACAUUAAGUGUGUGUGCUGAACGCUACAGUACGCCAUGAUGAUGACAUAGGUAACUAUUUGAAGUGAAGGGUACAGAGGGAUCAAGGGCCCUAGUCUCUGUCCCCUCUUCUCCAAAUGUGACUCCAGUAAGUGUAGCGGACAGGAAAAGGAUUGAGGGAUGGUAGGGGGAAGACUCCGGUCUGCUUGUUAAGAGAGCGGUGAGGUAUUACUUUAAAAGCUCCUUCACUCCUGUCGGAAUGUGGAGGGGGACGUGGGACAACGGACGUCUUUUCCAGAGGAUGAGAAACCUGGAGGCAGAAGUGGAGUUACCACUGCUCUUGUGAUGAAGGGUCCUUACAGUUGCCUACUCUGAAUGAAGGGUCCAUUUGUAGCAGAUGGGAGUCUAUGAAACUCACUCCUCAGCCUGAAUUAUCCCCACUUUUGCUGCCGAAUAUCUAGCUUUUCAGUGGCGCGAUUGAGUAAGACACUUCAGGAGGGUGGUCACAUGUGUUUGCAAGGCAGAGAUCCUGGGUUUGAGCCUCGGUAAGAGCUGAGUCAGGAGGAACCGGUACUCGCUAAGCAAGCAGCGUGACAUCCUUUACACGUACAGUAGCCUACUCACUGAAAGGUCCAUGCAGUAGCCUACUCACUGAAAGGUCCAUGCAGUAGCCUACUCACUGAAAGGUCCAUGCAGUAGCCUACUCACUGAAAGGUCCAUGCAGUAGCCUACUCACUGAAAGGUCCAUGCAGUAGCCUACUCACUGAGAGACUGGACGGGUUAAUGUUAUGGUCACACCAGACAUGUAGCAGCAUGUGUUGCUUCCUAGUGGCCUCUUAUUGGAUUAUAAUGUCCUCACGAAUCCAGAGGUACAAUGACAAAUACUGUACGUCAUGAUCAAAGCAAAUGCUGCUGUGAAAUAUGAGUAAUUACAGUGUAAUUGUUUAGAUGACGCAGAUAACAUUAGAUAACUGUCCUGUAAAUUGUCUGAGCCCACAGAUGGGAAGGCGUGUGUUUUGUCCCUCAGACUGGGUGAAUUGAUGGGAGUUGGGGUUGUGUGUGUGUUUGGAGGGGGGCGGGGUGGGGGGGGCAGAGGGACGGGAAAGCAAGUGAUUCUCCAGAUGAAAUCUAAUAUGUGAGACGAUGCAUCUUAAAGAGACGUUUCCUCAUAGCCCUGCCCAAUGAAUACCAAUUCAGUGGCCGACACUGGAAGGACGAUUGCACCUUGCUUGAACAAUGCAGUGGAGAAUUACAAUGUACCUUUUUUUGGCUCGAUCCAUCCAAUCACAUCCCCCAAAUUGUAGUGACUUCAUCCUCCCCUAUGAGUCAUCCAUUCAUACCUUGGUCUGAUAACAGAAUAUGUUUGGUCUUAUUCAGUAACAUACUCAUGAAUUGAUAAUGGAGAUUGUAUUGUCUGUGAUCAUGUCAGCAUGUUAGCUGAUAAUGAAAAUGGUGUCAAUGAAAAUCAGUGGGUGAGUUUGUAAAAGUAAUGAUGGAAAAUAAUUAGCCAGUCCACCCUGACCUUAUCUCUAACAGUGUAACAGUGUGUGUGUGUGUGUGUGUGUGUGUGUGUGUGUGUGUGUGUGUGUGUGUGUGUGUGUGUGUGUGUGUGUGUGUGUGUGUGUGUGUGUGUGUGUGUGUGUGUGUGUUUGUGUUUGAUGGUAUUGGGGGUGGUCUAACUUAAUGACAUCACGAUCAGGGAGGAUCCAAAUGGCCAGGAAAGUCAAUUAGAGUUAAACUGAGUUUACCAGCUGGACUCUCUGUAUAGCAUAAGAGAGAGAGAGAGGGAGAGAGAGAGAGAGGGAGAGGAAAAGGGAAAAAGGGGAGGAGAGACUAAAAGAGAAUGAGAGACAGAGAAAGAGAGGAAGGGAAAGAGACACAUUUAGGAAGUUGGGGACAAGAGGGUAUUUUUGCUGGUUACAGAAAACUCUCCAGACUAAUUUUUCUUGUGCCGGUCCAUACAGUAGAUAUAUUGCGUAUCUAUUUUUCUCUCUGUGUCUGAGUAGAGGUGGAAGUGUAGGCGACAGAGAGCGGGAGUUGCCUGUUUGAAGAGGUCAGGCAGGCAGGGGAAAGCCGGUGGAUAUUUGUUAAGAGGCCGCUUAUCUGAAACUGACAACAGGAUGAGAGGGUGAGUGAGGGGGGAGAGCCCAGCAGUACAGGGAGAAAACCAUGGAGAGUUCAGCGUCCUCAUCCACAGCCCACUCACAGAGGAGACACAGACACAGGCUAACCUGAGAGAGAGAAACAGAGAUAGAGAGAAAGAAAGAGGGGGAAGGAAAGACAGAGGAAGUGAGGUAAAGAGUCUACUUUGUCCAUUCUGUCCAACGGAGCGGGAGACGAGGGUUCGUAACACUGGAGCUCAAAGAUAAACCAUGGACUCUGCACACCUCCUACCACACCUGGACGUGAGUACUGCACACUCACACACAUACCUAAACACACACACUCUCUCUCACACACACAAACACACACAUAUACUGUACAUGUAUGCCAAGCCAACUCUGCCUGGCCACAGGAACUUCAUUGCUCAAACCAUUUGCCACUCUAGGGAAAACAAACACAUGCUCACACGCACGCAGAUGCUGGCAUGCUGUGUUGCUCUCAAUCAAAUGCUUGUAAGCGAAGGUCCAAGAAUAAUGUGACCAUUAUGUUUUUAGAAGACAUAACGUAACUUACUUCUCUGCAGGAGUGUAAAGGCAUUCAUUAUUCUUCAGUGUUAAUGGUAAACACAGCUUUCAUGUGAACCAGUGCUGUUUUUGUCUUUUCCACCUCAGUCUGUGUCGACAGGACGUGUGAAGUCUUUGAGCUGUCUGAUGUGACGUGUCGUACAUGUCACUUUUUCCACCAACGAUUCUGCAAUGUUCUGCCUCAGCAAGCCUCCUGUUCACCAAAACACAGCCUCCUGCUGUCUGUCGCUUAACUCCCUGACUCUCAGAUCAUCUGAACUUAGCUCUGAAGGAAACGUGUGGAUCACAGCGAGGAAAAGGGCAUAGAAACUGAGGCAUACAGUUGUGAAUGUCCUAGUGAAAAUAGAUGGAGAUAUACAAGAGCUGAAAGCCUUCCAGUGACUUACAGUCCUGGUUGAAAUAGAUGGAGAUAAAGUUGAACGUUUGAUGUUCUGCAAUGUAUGUGCUAGUUAGACUCUUGUGAGAAUGUACCUGGGAAUGAAAGCCCUGGCAGUGGUGACUGCUGUACUGAACAUCGUGUGUCUGGCUAAUGUCUUUCCAAGGGUACAGGUAGCUAAUGUUCUAAAUCAAAUCAAACGUUAUUUGUCACAUGCUUCGUAAACAACAGGUGUAGACUAACAGUAAAAUGCUUACUUCCGGGUCAUUUUCUAACAAUACAGAGUUAAAGAUAAAUAUACAUUUUUAAAAAAUAUAAUAGAAAUAGUGACGAGGAAUGAAACACAGUGAAUAACGAAUAACAAUAACGAGUCAAAAUAACAUGCUAUAUACAUGUAGUACCAGAACCGAGUGGAUGUGCAGGGGUUACGAGGUAAUUGAGGUUGCUAUGUUCAUACAGUAUGGUAGGGGUAAAGUGACUGGGCAAACAGGAUAGAUAAUAGACCGUAGCAGCAGCGUAUGUGGUGAGUGUGAAGGUGUGCGUGUGAUAGUGUUAGUAUGCAUGUGUGCGCGUCUUAUGUGUGUGUGGGCGUAUGUAGUGUGUGUUGGGGUGUCAGUGUAAGUAUGUGUGAGUGUGUGGGUCCAGUGUGUGAACAGUCAGUGCAUGAGAGUUAGUGCAAAAAAGGGUAAAUGCAGCUAGUCCGGGUAGCCAUUUGAUGAGCUAUUUAGCAGUCUUCUUUAGCAGUCUUAUGGCUUGGGGGUAGAAGCUGUUCAAGGUCCUGUUGGUUCCAGACUGGUACCGCUUGCCAUGCGGUAGCAGAGAAAACAGCCUAUGGCUUGGGGGGCUGGAGUCUUUGACAAUUUGUUGGGCCUUCCACUGACACCGCCUGGUAUAGAGGUGCUGGAUGGCAGGGAGCUAGGCCCCAGUGAUGUACUGGGCCGUACUCACCACCCUCUGUAGGGCCUUGCGAUUGGGUGCCUCGAUGGUUGCAGUUUCUGGCGAUGUUGUGAAUUUGUUGGUUGGUUCCCCAGUAGCCAGAAAGUGUCUGGUCUACUCUACUUCUCCUUAAGGAGCCUUAUCAUCUGCUGUCAUCUCAACCCUGGUAGGAGACAGACACUGCAUUCUCCUCCAAGUGUGUGUGUGUGUGUGUGUGUGUGUGUGUGUGUGUGUGUGUGUGUGUGUGUGUGUGUGUGUGUGUGUGUGUGUGUGUGUGUGUGUGUGUGUGUGUGUGUGUGUGUGUGUGUGUGUGUGUGUGUGUGUGGUGUGUGUGUGUGUGUGUGUGUGUGUGUGUGUGUGUGUGUGUGUAUGAUGCAUGUGCAGCGCUAUGCAUGAAAACAUUCUAAUCGAUUGGCUUUUGUCCAUCAUAUGCAUUCACAUACACGCACAACACACAUAUCUGUUCCUCUUGGCAUGUACGAGUUUGCACUCUGCCUGCGUUGUGCAUACUUGUGGAGCUGUGCAUUGUGGGCAGUAAUUACCAUAAAGGUUUGUUGAGGAAGGUGAGAGGCGGGCUGAAGUCUGGGCUGCCCGUGUCAUUAGCCUCUUAAUCGCCCCAGCUGGGAUAAAUUAUAAUACACUCUAAUAAAACCACACUGCAGGCUACCUGGAAUAUUAUUCUAAUGAUUUAAUCUGUCAUGCUUAGAGCAAUGUCGCCACAGACAUUUUUCACUCUUACCUCCUAGGUUCAGCCUCAUACAUUAAAUCAUAGAGCAGUGAAUGCAGUAGUCAUUAGAGAGCUCCGGCGUGUGUUAGCGGUGUAUAGAGAGGUGUGAGGAACAUUCCAGAUGCAUUAGGUGUAGGUGUGUAGGUUUCAGGUGAUUGUGAGAAUGUUCCACAGAGAUGCUGGUUGAGCAAGUUUAGAAAAAACAACGUUCUUGGGAUGUGUGUUUGUGAGCUUGCACAUGUUUGUGUGUGUAAGUAUACCAUUUCCAGGACAUACAGUAAUUAUGACAUGGGCAGAAAGUCUAUGUGUCUAUGUGUGUGUUAGAGGGCAAGAGAGAGGGAGGGAAGGAGAGGGAGAGAAGGAAUCUGGGAAAAGAAACACGGGAAGAACAACAGGAAAGGAAAGUGGAGGGACCAGGCGUAACACGAAGACAGCGGCUGCGGAUAAAUCAGCCGGCUGCGGUGACACUGGGCCCUCUCGCCCGGCAACACUCAGCAGCACUCUUCCGCAAAAACACCAUUCAUUUAGAGGGCUUAGGAAAAAGACAGAGAAACGAAGACAGGGAGAAAAAGAAAGAGAGAGAGAGACAUGUAGAUAAAGAAGAAUGGAGAGACAGGGAACACGGGGGUGGUGGGGGGGGGGGGGGGGGGGGGGGGCAGAGGAAAGAGAUAUGGAGAAGGACAAGGGGUGAUAGAGAGACAGAGUAUAUCUCUGUAUAUCUCCCCUUCUCUCUCUUUAACUCUCUCUCUAUCACCCCUUGUCCUUCUCCAUAUCUGUCUUUCCUCUGCCCCCCCCCCAGAGAAGAUAUACAGAGAAUAGAGGGGAAAGAAAUGGAGAGAGUAAGAGAGAAUGGGACAGAUAAACAGAAAACAGAAAGUGAGGGAUUGAUGCAGAGACAAAUUAAGGAGAUAAAGAGGGACUAAGAAAACGAGAGACUGAAAGCGAGAGCGUAAAGAGACAUAGAGAGAGGGAAAGAGGUACACUUAUGUUGGUCUGUUUUGAUCUGUGGGUUCAGAGGUCCAGAGGUCCAGAGGUCCAGAGGUCCAGAGGUCCAGAGAGCAGACUGCCCUGCCUGAUUACCGCCCAUCUCUCGACUGCGUACGCCUGGGGUCACUCUACCGUCUGCUCCGGGUCAGACACCAUCUAAUAUGUCUGAGAGCACCCCCUCUCCCCCCCACCCCCUCUCCCCACCUCAACCCUCACCUCCCCCGGAAGACUUGAUUAGUCCCAUUUCAGCGGAGGGAGAGAGAGGGGGGGGGGGGGGGGGGUGGAGGGAAAGCAAACGCAGGGAUGUCACCGUCCAGGAUGAAUGGAGAGGGGGGCGAGUCGACGGAGAGGAUGAAUGGAGAGGGGGGCGGGUCGACGGAGAGGAUGGCAGAUAAUGAGGCCAAAUGGAGUUUAGGAGCUUUUCUCCCAGUUUAGAUUAGCUGGAGAAACACAGGGAGAUGGGUGGAUGUACUCUAGAUGGAUGUAGGGAAGGGUGUCCUCUGCCUCCCCCCAACCCCCACCCUCACCCCUCCCCCUUCUGCAACUAACCUUCAUUAAGGGGGGGGGGGGGGGGGGGGGGGUGUCCUUAAUCUAGUUUACGUGCCAUGGGACGCCAUGGGAAAGGCUGUACAGUUGUGGCUCUCUAAUCUCUAAUCGUACUCUAAUUGUCCUGUAGCGUUGCCUCAAGUGGAGAGGCAUGGGGUGGAGAGAUAUUACUUUGGGUGGGGCUGCCUGAGUUAAUGGGUAGGGAACAGAGUCCCACGCUCACAUCUUAUUUACCAAGGGUAUUACUGUGUCUGUUCUCUCUCUCUCUAUAGCACUAUACACUAUAGCACGAUUAGCUGUCAUUAUGGCGUUGUUAUGUGUUCGUUGUGCCAUAAACGCCUCAGUUAUCUCGCUGUGUCGGACUUAAUCGAUUCUCAGCUCAGUACAGAGAUGAGAUAGGGAUAAUCAGGGAGAGAUAAGUGCAGAAUAAGAGAGUGCUUCGCUAGUCUGUAGGGAAAAAUAGGAUGUUGAGAUCUAUUUUGUUUAAAUUCAUUGAGAUGUAUAUUUUCUUCUUAGAAUAAUGAUGACAUCUAUAAUUUAUUUAGUUGUAGGAAGUAGGAUGGUGGGACAACAGACAGGUUGAGAGAAGAGAAGUCAUGGCCCAGCCCAGGUCUCAGUCUCUACAUGAGCCUCCUAGCUUUGAAUGCUUUGAACCAAAUCUAGAGUCAGCUUUCCCUCCCCCAAUCCCAACGCCAAACUGACUUUCUAGUUAAGUGUCCAGGGACAACUUCAUCCUACUUUGAACAAUAGACAAGUCAGACACCCUACCCUGACCCCUGACCCCUGACCCCUGACCUCUAACUCCUGACUCCAGAGGGCACAAGACCAUUAAGGCCUGUAGUUGAUAAUUAGUCACUCAAUCAUUAACACCUGUACUACAGAGACAUGGGGUGGUAACCCGGUUGGCUGGGGUGGUAACCCGGUUGGCUGGGGUGGUAACCCGGUUGGCUGGGGUGGUAACCCGGUUGGCUGGGGUGUUAAUGUAAUGACCUCCAGCACUGGGCCUUUUCCGCGCAGCAGACAGGCCAGCUAGCAACUUUGGUCUCAAGUAUUUGGUUGAAGCUACUGUAUAAGUCCAUUCAGCAACUAAGCUCUGGAAAGUAAAUCAGAGCAAUAGAGAUAUAAAGUACAGUAGCUUCACUAGAUAUUAUUCUCCAUUAAAGUCAACUAGCUUUAGUUAAUUGAUGGUUUUUAGCAGUCCUACUAUUAAGGUUCUCCUAAAUCACACACGCACGCACGCACGCACGUACACACACACACACACACACACACACACUGAAUAUAUUCUCUGCUUAAUCACUCUUAUCCCCCGUGCUUGAAUUUCCUAAAAGAUGGGGCCUUGGCAACACAUAGCAAUAAAUUAACAAUAAGGAAAACAAAGUGGUGCUGUUUUUACAGCCAUGUGUAUCCAGCAAACAACUUCACGUGGACUCCAGCAGUACAUUUCUUGAUAUCGCGCCAGCAUUACUGCAUAACAGCCUGACGAGCAGUGUGUGAAUUACGUGAAGGGGCCUUUGGGGGGUCUCUAAUUUAACCAUUCUCCUAUUUGUUUCAAAUGCAACUUUGUACUGCUACAGUGGUAAAUAUGAAAAUAAAAUAUUAUUCCAAAUGAAACGAACACCCCCACCUCUCUGUCAUGGUUUAAGGCCAGUGACAGAUGAUUCAGGUUCUUUCAAUCGCAUUCAUCUCUCUACUCCACCUGUCUGCCUCUCUAUCUGUCUCUGUCUCUCUGCCUCGCUCUCUGUCUUGAGCUUUCGCUACCAAACUUGCAACAUUGUACCGACUGGGUCCAGCCCACUAACGAACUUGCAACAUUAUCAACUUGGUCCAGCUCACAAUUAUUGUGAACUUACAUAAUUGUUUAAACUGGGCCCUCACAGUUUCCCGUGCCGAUGAGCUCGGGACAAACAUAGCUGUAUUUACGUCCCGUAUUUCUGCCCCUUUUCAGGUGUCUCGACUUUCUUUUGACAAAAAAGGUCAAUUUGUCAGCAAGACGCAUCAAUUAAUUCACAAGAGUGUAGUACUAAUGACAAUCGCCAAAUGUCAUAAAACGUUUUGAUGUUUUGUAACAGAUGUCUCUUUCCAUUCAUCAAAUGGCAGAUGCACAGUGCACUGUCUGGAUGCUGGAAUUAUUUUGGAGAGGACGAACAUGCGCAGGUAGCCCACUUUUUUAAGUGAUUUGUUGGACAAUCAGAUGAAAAACAUCAUGACUGGUUGUGUUCAAGCCACAUUAAAAGGUAAUACACGUUUACUGUUAAAAUACAUGUCUUUACUAUUAAAAUACAUGUCUUUACUAUUAAAAUACAUGUCUUUACUAUUAGGCCCAUAACAUUUUUAGGAAGUAGGAAGUCGUGUAAAAUAAUAGAGACCUUUGAAUGUCACUGUAUAAUUCACACUCUGCUGAUGAGGAAUUCGUCUGCUGGGGACUGGGAGAGGAGAAAACAAACUCAUGAUAUAUUGGUAGAAGUUUUUCUCAUAGGAUUUAAGUUGUGAAUAGUGGUAUUUCAACCCCCCCACUCCAAUUUACUGAAAAAUACAUUAAGCAUAUGGUAUAUGAAUUUCAAUGAACACGUGGGACUUUAAAGAGCACCACUUGAAGCGUCAAAAAGUGAAAGACUUAAGCGUUCCGUUUCCUCUCCUCCCUGAAAUAAACCCUAACUUCACUCCUCUCCUCACCCUCUCCUCACCCACUCCUCCCCCUCUCCCUCAUGUAGAUCCACCAUGUUCCCUGCUAACCUCUUGGUCCUGAUGGUCCUGCUGCUACCUCAAGCCUCGUCUGGUCGCCAGGGCGGAGCCACCGAGCCCGAUGGCAGUGUGUUGUCGUUGUCAUCGUCAUCACCAACCCCCCUGGACCCCAGCCUGUCCCAGACCAUCCAGAACCUGCUGCUGAGCCGCCUGGGCCUGCAGUCCCACCCCAACCCCCGGCCAGGUGCCCCCAUCCCCCAGUACAUACUGGACCUCUACCGCUUCCACUCCCAGCAGUACCACCUAGUCCAGGAUCCACACUUCAGCUACCCCAGCCAGCAUGUCCAGGAGGCCAACACCGUACGCAGCUUCCACACAGGUACCAUUACACAUGGGGUCUGGGCCCAUAUCCCCAAAGCCUCUCAGAGUAGGAGUGCUGAUCUAGGAUUAGUUUGGCCUUUUAGAUCAUAAUAAAUAAGAUCAUAUGGACAGAUCCUAGAUCAGCACUCCUAAUCUGAGACACUUUGUGGAUAGUUUGCAAAGCUGUUCUAUCUUGUCCUGCCACUGUUUCAUAUCAGUUCCACAAUAUGUUUUAAUGGACACUGUUCUACACAUUCCAUUUGUAGUUUCAGUCAGGGUUAGAUGGCAUUGAUGGCGACAGGGCUGUGAUACCCAGUCUCUUUCUGUUAUGACUCCACCUUAGCAGUUAGUAGGCUCCAAAUUCAGACCAUCUAUUUUCCAUUUGAUAACAUGGAUGUUUCCAUAACACCCACAAGCUAACCAGCAACAAGUGGAGAUCCUAUGCUGAUGCUAAUGUGUGUAAAAAAAAGCUUAUCUAACUGUUUAUGGCACUGAAUGUGUCUGACAUUUAAAGUUAAGGGUCGACAGGUCAAUUGACCUUGUAUUUGACAUUGUGAGAUUACAAUGUUUGAUUUAGGAAAUCCGACAAGAGAGACCUCCAAGGAACUGCAGAGGACAUCAAUUUUGUUUUAAAAAUUGAACCUUCUUCUUUGAACUAUCUUAACCUCUCUCUCUCUCUCUCUCUCUCUCUCUCUCUCUCUCUCUCUCUCUCUCUCUCUCUCUCUCUCUCUCUCUCUCUCUCACUCUCCGUCCCUCCUCUCUCGCAGAGUCUACCAGUCCCUCACUCCCCCUUGAAAAGAGGCAGACCACCGCGAGCAACAGCAGGGUCCCCAUCUCCUUCAACGUGUCCUCCAUACCCCAGGAUGAGCGUGUGGUGUCUGCAGAGCUGCGUUUCUUCCGGGGUGGUGGGGCCAGCCUGGGCCCCGGGGCCCACAGGGUCAGCCUGUUCCUUUCUGGAGGCCCUGGGGACUCUGAGUCUGAGCCCACUCUGCUGGAGUCACGGCUCCUCACAGGGGCCCCCAGCACCAAGCCAGCUGUGUCCUGGGAGGCAUUCAGCCUCAGCACCGAACUCUUCCUGGGGGCCCACGCUCGGACUGGCAGCCUGUCCUUCCUCAUAGAGGUGACCCCUCUGGGUAACACCACCCUCCUCACCCCCCCUGACCAUGAUGCUCUACCACUCUCCACUGGGGAGGAAGGGCGCAGAGAGGGACACCUGAGGGUGCGCAGAUCUCUGGGACAGGACGAACACAGCUGGGCACGAGAGAGACCCCUGCUGGUUACUUACAGCCAUGAUGGGCGCGGGGAGGCACUAGCCGCCCAUGGCCGGAGAACCUCCGGCACUGCCCAGAGGAUGAGGGGGAGGAAGGGGGCCAGAGAAAGGGGCAGGAGUAGCAGCAGGGACCGGGGAAGGGACAGAAACAAGGACAGGGAGAGGGACAGGGACCGGAGCGCCAGUCCUGGCUGGGGCGGUAGCUGGAACGAGGGUGGAAGAGUGAAGCGUAAUGGCGGCCGCGCAGCGAAACUGAAGCGUCUGUCCCGCGCCCGCUGCCGCCGCCACCCGCUCUACGUGGACUUCAAAGACGUGGGCUGGAACAAGUGGAUUGUGGCGCCUAGCGGCUACGACGCCUUCUUCUGCCUGGGAGAGUGCCGCUUCCCGCUGGCCGACCACAUGAACUCAUCCAGCCACGCCAUGGUGCAGACGCUGGUGAACUCGGUGAACGGAGCCGUGCCGCGGGCCUGCUGUGUGCCCACCGCCCUCAGCCCCAUUGCCAUGCUCUACCUGGACCCGCAGGAUCGCGUGGUCCUCAAAAACUACCAGGACAUGGUGGUGGAGGGCUGUGGAUGCCGGUAA